UUCAUCCGGACAUUGUUCCUGCACAGCAAGGACUCCACAUUCACCAUUUUUUGUAGGCCAGCAUUCUUAUUGUUAAUAUUUAUGUUUUGAGAAAAGAUUAUUCAAGAGGAACCUACCAACAACAGGAACUGCUGUCAUUAACAUAAAGUUAACUUGUGGAGUUUUUGUAGUACACCACUAUGGGGUUUGGUGAACUCUUGGAGCAGGUAGGGAGCACAGGACGCUUCCAGGUCCUGCAUACGACCCUUCUCUGCAUACCUGUGAUGUUGAUUGCCAGUCACAACCUGCUGCAGAACUUUGUGGCUUUGGUUCCCCCUCACUUCUGCAGCACACACACAAACCUGUCCCAGUCCCAGAUGAGUGCAGAGGAAGCGCUGCUGGUCACGGUGCCGCUGGACCAGACAGGGAAGCCAGAGAGGUGCUUGCGUUACGCGGCUCCACAGUGGCACCUCCUGACAAAAAACGGGAGCUCCAGUUCAGGGAAGGAGGGAGACACUAACGCUGGUUUGGAUGUUGACCCGCAGGGAUGUUCAGAUGGAUGGACCUAUAACAUGACUCACAUGAAAUCCACAAUAAUAUCUGACUGGAAUUUGGUGUGUGAUCAGCGGUCUUUGAAGCAAAUGGGACAGACGAUCUACAUGGGAGGUGUGCUUCUGGGUUCUGUAGUCUUUGGAGGUCUUUCAGACAGAUAUGGUCGACGCAUCCUCUUGCUUAUUUCUCACCUGCUGAUGGCUGUGUCAGGAACAUGUGCUGCUUUCUCCACUGCCUUCCCGCUCUUCUGCCUGUUCCGCUUUGGCUGUGGCAUGGCUCUGUCCGGCGUGGUGCUCAACACCUUCUCGCUCAUUGUGGAGUGGAUCCCCACUAGUGUGCGAACAAUGGUCGGGACAAUGACAGGUUACUGCUACACAGUUGGACAGUUGAUACUGGCGCUCAUCGCAUACUUCAUCCGGGACUGGAGGUGGUUAACCCUGGCUGUGUCUUUGCCUUUCUUUGUCUUCUUCCUCAUUGCAUGGUGGUUUCAUGAAUCUUCAAGAUGGUUAGUUAUGAGUAACAACCCUGAACAAGCCAUCAAGAACCUUAAAAGUGUGGCGAAAUUUAAUGGACGGAAGGAAGAGGGAGAGAAAAUCGACAUGAAGAGGCUGCAGGAAACCAUGAAGAAAGAGAUGUCCUGCUCACAAGGCACCCACUCUGUCCUGGAUCUGUUCCGCACACCUACAAUGAGGAGAAUGACGAUCUGCCUCAGUGCUGUCUGGUUAUCCACAAGCUUUGCUUACUACGGUCUUGCAAUGGAUCUGCAGAAGUUUGGGGUGGACAUCUACUUGAUCCAAGUGAUCUUCGGAGUUGUUGACAUCCCUGCUAAAGUCGUCAUAGUCGUAUCUAUGAGUUAUUUUGGACGGCGCAUAUCACAAUGUGGGGCUCUCAUCAUCGCUGGAACCACUGUUUUGAUCAACCUGCUGAUACCUUAUGAUAAACAGACUGCACGCACGUGUAUGGCUGUACUGGGUAAAGGUUGCCUCGCUGCCUCAUUCAACUGCUGCUAUCUCUACUCUGGAGAACUGUUCCCAACAAUCAUCCGUCAGAAUGGCAUGGGCUGGGUAUCCAUGAUGGCUCGGGUGGGAGCCAUGGUGGCCCCGAUGGUGCUUCUCACGGCCGACUAUCUACCUUGGCUCCCGGGUUUGAUCUAUGGCGGCGCUCCGAUCCUCAGUGGAAUUGCUGCAAUAUUUCUUCCAGAAACACUUGGCUCGCCCCUCCCCGACACAAUACAAGAUGUGGAGGACAGGGGAACUGGGAGAAGCUCCAAAGCGUCACGAAAGGAAGCGAUAAUCCUGCAAGACAUCCAGGCGGAUCUCCUAAAGCAGACGGCCUGAGGGCAUAUGGAUUCUGCUCCUGACGUUUUCCUCACAUGUCAAUGAACAUAUCUUGGUUACUGCUUUUUCUCCGGCCUGUUUAUUAGUUUGAUUUCAAUAUAAAGCUUAUUAUGUUGUAUGACUGCUAGACAGGUGGAGUUGCAAUAAGACAGGUCAAUACAGUGAAAUGAAUAGCUGUGAACAAUUAGAUCUGUGUUUGUUUAUGUUAUAGGAGGAUUUUAGUCAGGAAUUGCAUAAAUUAUGUUUUAUAUUUUAGAUAAUGAGCUUUCUAGAGGUGAUUUGCUUUUACUGGUAUUUUUAUAACUUCUUAUUACUUGCAAUCUUGUAUUUGAAAACAAAAAUAUAUUUUCAUUAAAAUCAGCACUUUCACAUU